UCAGCUCUCAUACAUGACCUGGCUUGAUACUGGGCAACACUCGAAAAAUUUUCGGUCCAGAAAUUUGGCACAUUGUUUUAUAGUGAACCUUUCUUUUAAUCAUAAACGUUUCAAGAUUGUCAAAAUCGCGAAAUAAGUUAUUACAAUUUUUCACCACAAUUCAAAAUUUUUUUGCAAAUUAUUUCCAAGAUUAUUCGGUAACGUGGUUCGACAAUGAUCGACAUGAAAUUGUUAAUUUUCCUUUUAGUAUUACUAAAAUGUAGUUCAGUUUACUGCACCACGAGACCAGUCAUCGGAAUGAUGGCUCAAGAAUGGGCCAGAUACAAUCCAGGAGGCUCAAUGGAUCCUGCUGGAAAAUUAUUCAUAGCAGCAUCUUACGUUAAAGCGGUGGAAAGUUCGGGAGCAAGAAUAGUUCCAAUCUUCACCAAUCAAUCUUAUCAUUAUUACGAACGUAUGCUAUACUCGGUAAAUGGAUUAAUGGUACCAGGAGGCUCCAAUGAAAUAGAACCCGGAUGUCCAUAUUACGAUGCUUUUGUGAUUAUCGUCAAAAUAGCUAAAAAGAUGAAUGAUGAAGGGAUUUACUUCCCAAUAAUGGGCGUCUGCUGGGGAUUGGAGGCAUUUUUCACGAUGGACAAUAACCAUACACUUUUACAAACCACCUGCGACGCUUAUCAUCAAAAUUAUGCCCUCCAUUUCGAGCCUAAUUUCAGGCAAAGUUUAUUAUAUGCCGAUAUCGACUACAAGUCAUACUCUCGUUUGAAAUACUUUCCAGCAACUGCUCACGCUCACGAUUGGUGCACAACCAAACGUAACUUCACCAAGGCAGGUCUGUCAAAAUACUGGAGAAUUACUUCAACCUGUAUCACUUCACGAGGACUGCAAUUCAUAGCAAGCGCUGAACACAAAAAAUAUCCUUUUAUCGUUCUUCAAUUUCAUCCAGAAAAGCCAACGUUCGAAUGGGAGGAAUGGUGCAACUUGCCUCACAAUCCCUCCGUUGUUCAAGCCAAUCGCAUUUUUUACGAUGUGCUGGUGAAACUCGCUAAACUCAAUUUUAACAAGUUCAGAACCAAAAUCGAAGAGAGAGAUGCUCUGAUUUUCAAUCACAAUCCGUAUUUUCCACUCACCGACCCUUCAGUCCAUACUCAGGUGUACAUUUUCAACUAGGUAGUUUCGAACUUCCAAGUCUAAGAUAAUUUUUCCACUGAUAAGAUUCAAAGAUUAUACUUGAACGAUAAUAGACAGCAGGCACUCGUGUUUCAACUACCAUCCUACCAUACCUUUAUGUAGACAGUAUAAACCACUUUUCACUCCAACGAGGUCAUAUUUUGUACUUGUUCGAAUUUGUGAGCUGUGAUCACGGUUACCUAAAAGAAGAAAAACCAACUUUGGAAAAUUAUUUCGAAACCUACACCUACAGAAGUGCUGAACGUGGUGAAAUCAAUUCUAGAAGAAGAUGGUAAAAAAUUAAUCCUAUACUUCCUAAAUUUGAAAAAAAUUAUAUCGGAACAGGUGCAAUACAUAAAAUGUUAACUAACCUCAAGAUACGUACAAUCAAAGAAGUUAGUCACUUUGCUCUUUUUAUCUAACAGUGGUGUAAAAUUUUUAAAAAAUUGUUACGACUCUCUCCUUCUUUAUUUACUUACCUACCUACAGACAAGUUAAUCAUUUAUGAAUCUAGUGACGAUCAAAUGCUACGUAAAUCAUCAUAAAAAAAAUUUCAAAACUAUAAUUAUUUCAAUUACCUACACGUAAAAUGAAAUUUUGAAAUUUUUUUCAAAUUAAUUGAAGAUUUAGCAAGCAUAAAAUAUCGUCAAUGAUUAAACAAAAUGCACAUUUAAUUUCGGAUCACCCUGUGUCACUGUAGUCAGUAUUAUUUAAGCACAUUUUAUUGAUAAAUACUCUAGGUUAAUUUUUUAUUUUUGAAAUAAAUGAAAUGUAUCUAAAAAUAAGCAUUAAAUGAAUAAAUUUUCCUAGAAAACAG